ACCCCCCUCCUCUUCCUAAUUUCCUACAAUAAAGCAUCUGGAUUCUGGAGUGACACUACUGUGUCUUGUUCCUGCUCCUCCUCGCUCUUUUGCCACAUUUGCAAACAUCAACUGUAAUCCACAUAUAUAUUUCUUCUUCCUUACUUCUUUGUCUCAGAUCUGGGCUGCUUAACUCGGUUGGUCUCCUGCGUUUGUGGCGUGGAGCUCAAAUUCUGAUGUCGGUGGAGUAAUUGGGGAAGCUAAGCUCACCACUCAUCAAUCCGAAACUAAGAGAGAUUUGACAUAUAUAAGCAUGUACGGAAGGGAUCCCUGGGGUGGGCCCCUGGAGAUAAACGCCGCGGACUCCGCCACAGACGACGACCGCAGCCGCAAUCUGCAGGACUUGGACAGGGCGGCUCUGUCUCGGCCUCUGGACGAGACCCAGCAGAGCUGGCUGCUGGGCCCCGGCGAGCAGAAGAAGAAGAAGUACGUGGAUCUGGGCUGCAUCAUCGUCAGCCGCAAGAUCUUCGUAUGGACGGUGGGCACGCUACUCGUCUCUGCCUUCUUGGCCGGCUUCAUCACCCUCAUCGUUAAGAUGGUGCCACGCCACCACCAUUCCCAUCCCCCCCCUGACAACUACACCCUCGCCCUCCACAAGGCUCUCAUGUUCUUCAACGCCCAACGAUCUGGGAAACUACCUAAGCAUAAUAAUGUCUCUUGGAGAGGUAGCUCCUGUCUGGAUGAUGGCAAGGCCGAAAAUUCCCCUAUUUACAAAGAUCUGGUGGGUGGCUAUUAUGAUGCUGGAGAUGCUAUCAAGUUCAAUUUCCCUUCAUCGUUUGCCAUGACCAUGUUGAGCUGGAGUGUAAUUGAAUACAGUGCGAAAUAUGAGGCUUCUGGGGAGCUCAACCACAUCAAAGAGAUAAUUAAAUGGGGGACUGAUUACUUUCUCAAGACAUUCAAUAAUUCUGCUGAUACCAUAGAUAGGAUUGUUGCACAGGUUGGGUCAGGGGAUACUUCUGGGGGGAGUACAACUCCUAAUGAUCAUUAUUGCUGGAUGCGUCCUGAGGACAUUGAUUACAAACGACCUGUGAGUGAAUGUCACAGCUGCUCAGAUCUCGGUGCAGAAAUGGCUGCUGCUCUAGCUGCUGCAUCCAUUGUUUUUAAAGACAACAAGGUGUAUUCACAAAAACUUGUCCAUGGAGCCAGGACACUCUUCAAGUUUGCAAGGGAUCAGAGGGGCAGAUACAGUGCUGGUGGUUCCGAAGCUGCAACUUUCUAUAAUUCCACUAGUUACUGGGAUGAGUUCGUAUGGGGUGGAGCUUGGUUGUAUUAUGCAACUGGAAAUUCCUCCUAUCUUCAGCUUGCGACUACACGUGGUCUUGCAAAACAUGCAGGUGCUUUUUGGGGAGGCCCUGAUUAUGGUGUGCUGAGCUGGGACAACAAGCUUGCUGGUGCUCAGGUGCUUCUAAGCCGAUUGCGGUUGUUCUUGAGCCCCGGAUAUCCAUAUGAGGAUAUUUUAAGUACAUUCCACAAUCAGACUAACAUCAUUAUGUGCUCUUAUCUACCCAUUUUCACUACCUUUAAUAGAACCAAAGGGGGCUUGAUUCAGCUAAACCAUGGAAGGCCUCAACCUCUUCAAUAUGUAGUCAAUGCAGCCUUUUUAGCUACUCUGUACAGUGACUAUCUCGAUGCUGCAGAUACACCUGGGUGGUAUUGUGGACCCAAUUUCUAUUCAACUGAUGUCUUGCGUGAAUUUGCCAAAACACAGAUUGAUUACAUCCUCGGCAAGAAUCCUCGGAAGAUGAGCUACAUCGUUGGUUUUGGUAAUCAUUACCCAAGACACACCCACCAUAGAGGCGCAUCUAUCCCUAAGAAUAAGAUCAAGUAUAACUGUAAAGGAGGAUGGAAAUGGAGGGACAGUUCAAAGCCAAACCCAAAUACACUUGUUGGAGCUAUGGUUGCUGGCCCUGACAAGCAUGAUGGUUUCCAUGAUGUUCGUACAAACUACAAUUACACGGAGCCAACUCUUGCAGGCAAUGCCGGUUUAGUUGCGGCACUUGUGGCUUUGUCGGGUGACAGGACUACUGGGAUUGACAAGAACACUAUUUUCUCUGCGGUUCCCCCCAUGUUUCCAACUCCACCCCCACCUCCGGCACCUUGGAAACCAUGAGAUGCUGUGUUGGUGCUCAUCUUUGUCUGUCAAGUAUGCUGUAUGACUAUGGAUAGAUGAGUUUGGUGAAGUAAUAGUGUUGGAAUUUGAAUCUCCAAGGUAAAGGUAAAUGCAAAGAUGAGGAAGUAGAUACCCUUAAGGAAGAAAGCAACGGACAAACUUCCUAAAGAUAAAGGGCUGGGGCCAUGUUAAGGAUUCAAGACUAGCAUUAAGAAUUGCUCACUGGUAUUUGGGACUGCCUCUUUGUGUGGGAUGUUGUGAUAUAUGUAGUAUGUAUGUAUGAAACCAUCACGUAUUCUUUAAACAGAAAAUUUAACAGUUUGAGAUUGGUUGACUAAUAAUUUCCAUUUUAAGUCCUACAA